AUGGGCCAGAAGCUGUCGGGGAGCCUCAAGUCGGUGGAGGUGCGCGAGCCGGCGGCGCUGCGGCCGGCCAACAAGCGGGAGCUGCGCGGGGCGGAGCCGGAGCGGCCGGCGCGGCUGGACCAGCUGCUGGACAUGCCGGCGGCGGGGCCGGCGGCGCAGCUGCGGCACGCGUGGAACCCCGAGGACCGCUCGCUCAACGUGUUCGUCAAGGACGACGACCGGCUGACCUUCCACCGGCACCCGGUGGCGCAGAGCACGGACGGCAUCCGUGGCAAGGUGGGCCACGCGCGCGGCCUGCACGCCUGGCAGAUCCGCUGGCCGGCGCGGCAGCGCGGGACGCACGCGGUGGUGGGCGUGGCCACGGCGCGCGCGCCGCUGCACUCGGUGGGCUACACGGCGCUGGUGGGCAGCGACGCCGAGUCGUGGGGCUGGGACCUGGGCCGCAGCCGCCUCCUGCACGACGGCAAGAACCGGCCCGGCGUGGCCUACCCGGCCUUCCUGGGGCCCGAGGAGGCCUUCGCGCUGCCGGACUCGCUGCUCGUGGUGCUGGACAUGGACGAGGGCACGCUCAGCUUCGUGGUGGACGGCCAGUACCUGGGCGUGGCCUUCCGCGGCCUCAAGGGCAAGAAGCUGUACCCGGUGGUGAGCGCCGUGUGGGGCCACUGUGAGGUCACCAUGCGCUACAUCAACGGCCUGGACCCCGAGCCCCUGCCGCUGAUGGACCUGUGCCGGAGAUCCAUCCGCCUCGCCCUGGGCCGCCAGCGCCUGCAGGACAUCGGCUCCCUGCCUCUGCCUCCGGCUCUCAAAAGCUACCUGCAGUACCAGUGA